AUGUCGGUCGCAGUGUCCUCGGAGGAUGAGCCCCGCUCCCUGGCCUCCCGCCCCGCGGCCUCGCCGCGUCCUGGCCCCCUCUUGCGCCAGGAGAUUGGAGGCUCCGCCGCCGCCUGCGAGCUGGUGCUCACCACCAUGCACCGCUCGCUUAUCGGCGUCGACAAGUUCCUGGGCCAGGCCACGGUGGCGCUGGACGAGGUCUUCGGCGCAGGCCGCGCCCAGCACACGCAGUGGUACAAGCUGCACUCCAAGGCAGGCAAGAAGGAGAAGGAACGCGGAGAAAUCCAAGUCACCAUCCAGUUCACACGCAAUAACUUGAGCGCCAGCAUGUUUGACCUGUCCAUGAAGGAUAAACCACGAUCCCCCUUCAGCAAGAUCAAGGACAAGAUGAAGGGCAAGAAAAAGUAUGACCUGGAAUCUGCCUCCGCCAUCCUCCCAAGCAGCGCCCUAGAGGACCCCGAGCUAGGCAGUCUGAGCAAGAUGGGCAAAGCCAAAGGCUUCUUCCUUCGCAACAAGCUGCGCAAGUCAUCCCUGACCCAGUCCAACACCUCGCUGGGCUCAGACAGCACCCUGUCCUCAGCCAGUGGGAGCCUGGCCUACCAGGGGCCUGGCGCCGAGCUCCUCACCCGCUCGCCGAGCCGCAGCAGCUGGCUGUCCACCGAAGGGGGCAGGGAUUCAGCACAGUCCCCCAAGCUGCUCACCCACAAGAGGACCUACAGCGACGAGGCCAGCCAGAUGCGAGGGGCUCCUCCUCGGGCCCUGCUCGACUUGCAGGGUCACCUCGAUGCUGCCUCCCGCUCGUCCCUCUGUGUCAACGGGAGCCACAUUUACAAUGAGGAGCCUCAGGCUCCUGUGCGGCACCGUAGCUCCAUCUCGGGCUCAUUCCCUCCCUCCAGCUCCCUGCACAGUGUCUCCUCCCGGCCCUCUGAGGAGGGGCCUCGGUCUGCAGAUGACUCCUGGGGCAGAGGCAGCCGCAGCAACAGCAGCUCAGAGGCGGUGCUUGGACAGGAAGAGCUGAGUGCUCAGGCCAAAGUGCUGGCCACUGGGGCCGGCCGCUCUGGAGACGAGGAGGGGGCCCGGCUUCCAGAGGGCAAGCCCGUCCAGGUUGCCACACCCAUUGUGGCCUCCUCUGAGGCUGCAGCAGAGAAGGAGGGAGCCCGGAAGGAGGAGCGAAAGCCCCGGAUGGGCCUCUUCCACCAUCACCACCAGGGGUUGAGUCGGAGCGAGCUGGGGCGCCGAGGCUCUCUGGGGGAGAAAGGGGGCCCCACGCUUGGAGCCUCUCCUCACCACUCCUCCAGUGGGGAGGAAAAGGCCAAGAGCAGCUGGUUUGGCUUGAGAGAAGCCAAGGAACCAACUCAGAAACCCAGUCCCCACCCUGUGAAGCCCCUCAGUGCUGUCCCUGUGGAGGGCAGCCCCGACAGGAAGCAGCCCCGCUCCAGUCUGAGCACAGCCCUGAGCAGUGGCCUGGAGAAGCUCAAAACAGUCACAUCUGGCAGUGUUCAGCCUGUGGCUCUGGCCCCCCAAGUUGGCCAGACUGUGGACCCCAAGAGGCUGAAGGACUCAGCUGUGCUGGACCAGUCGGCCAAGUACUACCACCUGACUCAUGACGAGCUCAUCGGACUGCUCCUGCAACGGGAGCGGGAGCUGAGCCAGCGGGACGAGCACGUGCAGGAGCUGGAGAGCUACAUUGACCGGCUGCUGGUUCGGAUCAUGGAGACCUCACCCACACUGCUGCAAAUCCCCCCCGGCCCCCCCAAAUAGCCCUCCUCACCCCCACCCCCAGGAGGGUUGGCGUGGACUUGUUGCCUGCCUGCCCUCCUUCCCACUGAACUCUCUCACCUGGGGCAGCGUGCUGUCUGUCCUCAUCACUCCUUGCUCCUUCUCCCUCCCGCCUCUACCAGAGCUGCUGAAAGGGAGGCCCUUUGGAUUCCCUUUGGAGGCCUCAGGAUCCAUGUACAACUUGUGUGUCUGUGAGAGCCCUGGGCCAUUCCCACCUGCCUAUUUUCAUACCCCUUAGGUUUGGGGGCUCCGAGGAAUUGGAGCAAGGAAUGUAGCCCUCAAGAUGCAGCAGGGGUGAGCUGCAGUUUGGUGUGUUAUCUGGACUGAGGCUGUUUGCUAGCACACACUUUAUUACCCUCCAAGCGUGGCCAGCCAUCUCUUCCCACGGCCAAACCCCGUCCUCUUCAUUUCCCUUCAGCCCCUGGAGGGGCUUCCGGUCUUAUUGGGACAGGGACCAAGCUGCCUGUUCGUCUGAGUUAUGGGCAAUGAGGGUGCCUACACUUCAGCCUCAUGCCCAUUCCCUAAGAGCAAGGAGCCUCUGUGGUCUGGUCUAGAAUCUGCCAUGUCCUGAGUCUGUUUCCGUCUUGAGCUGUCUGUGGAGUGAGUGCGGUAUGGACAGAGGUGGGUGAUGUGUGUUCUCCAGGUUGUACCCUGUUCCCUCUGACCUUUCCACUGAGCGUCAUGCGUGAGUGGGGGGAGAGCUCCUUGCUCUUCGAGUUCUCCCCCACCUCUGACAUGUAGGCCCCUCCAGAUCAGGGCUUUGGGCUGCUUCUGUUUUGGAGAUCAAGCUUCCAUGUCUAUUCUUGUUGCCUGUCUAGAUGCCAAAACUCUGUGCGGCUGCAGGGUUUGAACUUUUGGAAACCAAUUAAAAUGUGCCUUUUGUGGGUGGGGUCAAGAACCUCUGGAUGUCGACCUCUCCCCCGCCCCCGUGUGGUGUGCCCUUCCCACCUGUUGAGCACAUAGGAUGGGUCUGUCAGGGACCCGGGGUUGGGAAUGGAUGGUGAGGGCAGCCCUGCUGUGGGCGCUUCUCCUCCACUAGAGCUAAUCCCAGUCAAGGGUCUGGCCAAGCUGCUGCUGCUGCUCCCUCAGCCUCCGUGCUGCCUCCUCCCACUCCCUCAACCCCAUUAGGAGGAUCCUAGGAUAAACAGGAUAAAAGCUACUGCUGGGCAAGCCAGCAGGUUGGCCUGAGGCUACCCAGCCUGCUCUCAUUCCUCCUGGCCUCAGGACUCAGCUGCGCUAGACCAGUUGGCUGGUCUGAAAGUGGGAAGUCCCACUAUGCCUUUAGGAGACAACUCUGCUUAGGGAAAAG